GAUGUAGUUUAUCUCAUCGGCUCGAGAAAAAAAAAUUGAAAAAUCACCAGGGUCUGCGUUCUAUGGCUGCGACAGUCUCGCUCUCUUUCUCCAUAGAUCCACAACAUCAUCACUUCUCCUUGAAGACGCACUUCAAACCCCACCCAACACUCCUUCUCACUCCCUUACCACCUACCCUCAAACACCCACUUCUUAUUUCUCGCAAAUGUUACGCCUCCAAAUCUUCGUCCUCUUCCUCCCACUCCACUCCUUCAACAGCCACAAGCUCUUCUUAUCCUGAAGACCCAUUUCGAACAGGUCGGUUUCUGAGUAAUGAAGAACUUGAAAAGCUCAAACUCCUUGGGGAUUUCGAGUAUUAUCGGGAGCUGGAAUCUGGGUCAUUGUCGGUUCGGGUAAUGAGGGCGGAAGAGAUGGACACUACCGUUGCUUUGCUUGCCGAAUCCUUUGCGGAGUCCAUGCUUUGGCCUUCUGGGUAUCUGUCCCUGCUGAGGUUUUUAGUGAAACAGUACUUGAUUGAGAGACGAACUCUAAUGCCCCACACCGCCACGCUUAUUGGUUUUUACAGAAGAAAAGAAAAUGGAAUAUCAGAACAAGAAGAGCAGUUGGCGGGGACUGUUGAGGUUUGCUUUGAUAAAAGGGGUGCAAAUGCUUCUCCUCCCACGCCUACUCCUCCCAAGAAUUCACCGUAUAUCUGUAAUAUGACCGUCAAAAAGCCACUCCGCAGGAGGGGCAUUGGCUGGCAUCUCCUAAAGGCAAGUGAGGAACUAAUUUCGGAGAUGGGUUCCUCAAAAGAGGUCUACUUACACUGCAGAAUGAUUGAUGCAGCUCCAUUCAAUAUGUAUGCAAAAGCAGGCUACAGCAUCGUCAAGACAGAUAGUAUUUUGAUCCUGUUGAUGUUGCAGAGACGUAAGCACUUGAUGUGCAAGGAACUUCAAGCCCGAAGAAGCCCUUCUGAUAUGUCAGAUUCUGAUGAAGAACGAGCAUCUUGAAUGGAUACGUGGAUCAUAACUAUAUCUAUUAGGCCUUUUGGGGUUCUUACUUUCCAGGACAUGCGUCAACGCGAUUGCAAUGAUCGACCAGCUGGGUUGAAUUGUUGCUUUGAGGUGAACCUUGAUACUCAAGCAUCUUGUUGUAUUCUGUUGUGUAUGGUAGGGCUCCCAUUUUGUUGCAUGUAGAUUGCAUUAAGCAUCUCCAUGUGAUCGUAGUCCCUUUUUUGUUAUAAGAUGAGCCAAUCCUAUCUUGAUUAUCUUUCCAGUUAUGUUAUAUGUGAUCUUGAAGUUUUAAUAUAAAAGAUUUUGUCCCAAGUUUCUGAAACUAAUACCACAUCGAGCAUGAGUAGUAGAAGUGAUUUAUCAACUCCAGGUGAUACUUAAUAUGGAUGGUUGAACUAUAUCAAGUACUGCUGAAGAAUUGGAACUUCAUGCAAUUCUCUUCCUGUUUCUGGGUUUCAAGAAUACAUAUAACAGAAAAUAGAAAAUUUGAUAAGUUAUAACUUAAACUAGAAAAUAUAAGUUUUCUAGACCUUUUAAUUAUAUUUUCUUGAACUUAGUGUAUAGCGUGUAAGCAUAAGUAGGCCAGAAAACAGAACCACUGUGUAUAGCCUAUAGAAGCAAAGGCCACCGAGUAAAAAAUUCAGGACAAAAGGUGAUGAUAGCAGAAAACUAUACAUGGUAGGAAAUGAUACCUUUGUAUUGUUGAUUUACUUGCCAGGUUCUCUUGUUUGUAAACCGAGAAGCCACAUUCAAUGUGAUCGUAUUGCAUUGCUGCUGUUGUUUCUGUUAAAAUUAUAUCUGUUUUCUCUUUCUUAUAAAUCCUUAUCAAGUGAUAUCAUGUUUAUAAUGUUGCGGUUGUAGGAUCACGAGCUAUAUAGUUUUAAGAAUCAUUAAUAGAAUAUAAAGGAUCUUCUUCCUCUUUUUUAUUCACUUAGAGCACUUACACCCUGCUUAAAACAUCGGGCUUUAUUAGACCAUUCUUAAAGUGUGCAUAGCCGUGCCCAAGCCUUUUGAAUUUAAAUAAAUAAUCACUUGGAUUUCUUUUACACAUUCUGCCAUUGAGGGUCUCUCACUACUCUCAAUACGGACACAUCUUGAUGCCAGGUUUGCAAACAUGGCUAUAGACUCCAUGGUGUAUGAACUUCGGCUCAGCUCUGGAUCUAUCACCUUAUGCAGUUUCUUCCGAUCAUUCAAUAUGUGCCUUACCUGAAAUAUAAAGGAGUGUACAUUUACCCUUCUGUCAUUUUUAGUUCCAAAGAUUCUUGUAAGACAUUUUUCUUACCUGUAGUACAAGGUUUUGAUCGUUUGGUCCCUGGUUUAAGUCCACGGCUCGACGUCCAGUCAGAAGCUCAAGAAGAACCACUCCAAAUGCAUAAACAUCACUUUGUAGAGUGAGUUUCCCUGUCUGUUGUCAAAGGAGACAUUUCAAUGCUCAGAGUCCACUUGUUAAAUCCACUGGAAUUAGAGAAAAAAAGAAAAGGGAAGAGAAGAGAAGAGAACAAAGUCUACUAGCAAAGUAUUUAGAAAGUGAGAUAUUAAAUUGUUGAACAACAGCAUAUUGUUUUUGUUUUGCAUACUCGGUAUUGUUGAAAACUGUUCGGAAUAUGGAUGAUAUUCUAGAGUUCAUAUGUUAUGUGUUUGUUUCGAGUGUGGAUUGGUCCAAUUGGAACCCCGUGUUGCCAUAUAAUAAAUACAUUUAAGACAUUAAUCACUGUAUUCUGUCAGGGCAAUCAGAGCAACUAUCCAGGCCAUAUGGUAUUCUGUCAAGUCACAUUGGAACUGAAUCAACAUAUCAGCUGCUUACAAUUCCUACCGUACAUCUUGGAUACUCAGAAUAUUGUUGCAGCUGCAACCUUUAUCGAGGGAGGGAAAAUCUUCUUGUGCUAGUUCAACAUGGCAUACAUAAAACUCAAAAUAAUAUUUUAGACCUACCCUGUAAUUUGUAGCUUUGCACCUAUUGAGUUA